GCAAAGCCCAAUCCCGCGCGAUUCACAAACGGCCACCACACCGCACGCGAUUCCCUUCCUUGUCUCUCCCCUGUCCUCCUCAUUCGUUCGCCGCCGCUGUUCACGAAACACCAUAAUUUCAGGCAAGGAGCUCUGUAAUGGCAAUCAGAGCAUUCUCCUCCAAAUUCCAGGUCUCCAUUUCACUUUUCUGCCCUUUCUUAAGAAUCGGUAUUUUCGCUCACCAAUGCCCAUUCAGUUCUCUCGCUACAGCAACAGCCGCAGGAUUAGACUCACCACUUCCAUUUCUCGUCAGUGAGAUAUCUCGCAUCCUCAGCGAUCGCAGAAGCCCUCACCAUGACUUGGAGUUCGCUCUCUCCUCUUUCUCCUCCAAUGUAUCGUCCGAUCUCGUCGAGCAGGUUCUCAAAAGGUGCAAGAAUAUCGGAUUCUCUGCUCACAGAUUCUUCCUCUGGGCUAAAAGAAUUCCGGGUUUCGAACCCAGCGCCGAUAGCUAUCGCAUUCUCGUUGACAUCUUGGGAAGCAGUGGGCAAUUUGCUAUUUUGUGGGAUUUUCUUAUAGAAAUAAGGGAGACUCGAUGUGCUGUAAUCAGUCGGGAACUUUUCUGGCUUGUUUUCAGAGCUUAUAGUAGAGCUGACUUGCCUGAAGAUGCUGUUCGAGCUUUCAAUCGAAUGGUAGAGUUUGGGAUAAGACCUGGAGUUGAUGAUCUUGAUCAGCUCUUGUAUAUUCUAUGUAAGAGGAAACACGUUGCUCAUGCCCAGCAGUUUUUUGAUAAAGUUAAGAGUGAGUUUAAUCCGAGUGUGAAAACGUAUAGCAUUUUGACAAGGGGGUGGGGAGAUGUGGGUGACUCAAGCAAUGCCCAGAAGGUGUUUGAUGAAAUGCGGGAACGAGGUUGUUUGAUAGAUGUGCUUGCUUGCAAUAGUCUCUUGGAAGCUCUGUGCAAAGCUGGGAAAAGGGAUGAAGCGAACAAGAUGUUUCAAGAAAUGAGUUCAAAUGGCGUCACCCCGGAUGCAGGUACGUAUUCGAUUUUCAUCCGCUCGAGCUGUCAAGAGAAUGAUUUGCAUACGGCUUAUAGGGCCUUAGAAAGAAUGAAGAAACACAACCUUUUCCCUAAUGUGUUUACUUACAACUGGGUCAUGAAGAAGCUUUGUAAAGAUCAAAAGGUGGAACAAGCCUACGAACUUUUGGAUGAAAUGAUUGAGAGUGGAGUUACGCCAGAUACAUGGUCCUACAAUGUAAUCCUAGCAUAUCAUUGUGAUCAUAACGAAGUCAAUGGUGCUCUUAAGUUGAUCAAAAGAAUGGAUAGAGACAAUUGUGUUCCUGAUAGACAUACUUACAACAUAGCUUUGAAGUUGCUGAUAAGAGUGGGAAGAUUCGACAGAGCCAAUGAAGUGUGGGGGAGUAUGGGAGAUAGAGGAUUUUACCCUUCUGUUUCAACUUAUGCUGUCAUGAUUCAUGGGCUCUGCAAGAAAAAAUGGAAGUUAGAAGAAGCGUGCAAGUACUUUGAGAUGAUGAUUGACGAGGGAAUACCUCCAUAUAUUGCUACUGUGGAGUUGUUGAAGAAUCGGCUUCUGGGGAUAGGCUUCAAGGAUCAGGUCGAGAUACUCGGUGAUAAGAUGAGACGAAGCAGUUCUUGCUCCAUACAAGAGCUGGCUAACGUGAUGAGCGGCGGCAAAUGUCAUGAGGUUCAUACCAUGUCGUCUAAAAGUGAAGAGACAGAGCUUGAAAGUGACUGAAGAAAGAAGAAAUGAUUUUGGUGGAGGAAGUAAUUGUUUGGUGAGUUGAGUAUUGCAGGUACUGUUCUGUUCUUCAUCUGAAAAAAUGUGUAUAACAUGCAACAAAAUGGUUUUGGGCUGCAAGUUUGCAACUGUGCCGUCGCUUGGAACUUGUAAAACCAGGUACCAAUAUUUGUCAUGACCAAGCUUUCUAAUUAAUAUCAUAUGAUAUAAGGAAAAAAUGGUAUGAAACUACAACCAAACGGUGGACCAAAAUCAGGAAAUCACGAGCGCUGUACUUCUGCUGUGAGAUCAAUAUUCUGAGGGCAAAGUUGCUCGACUGUAAAGGUGAGAGGCGAAGGCGAAGCUGCUCGACUG